AUGUUAGUGGCAAAAAAGAAAAGGACUCGGAGGUCAAAAAUUAGCGGUUCUUUGAAUAAACGGAAUACAACUGAAGUGGGUGAAAACAUCGUCUUGCACUUACCGAUGUAUCAAGCAAACGAGAUGAGUGAGGAUAAACCAUAUGUAAUUAUCAAUGAAUUUACUAUCUAUGAUCAGCAGAGCAACUUAGUUCCAAUAGAAAUGUAUCUUUGUAAAACUAAUAUAACAUUGUACAUGUCUGGAUGUAUAGAGCCAGGGCAUAAGAAGGACCCUUACACUAUGCACAUAAGCAGACGGAUUAAAACAGGCAAAAUACUCAAAUGGGUCAUUCGCGAUUUGCCUGGUCCUAAAAGAAGUAUAUCUAUUAUAAUAACAACAAGUUAUGGGUUUUAUGAACUUCAAGAUCCUAGCAAACGUUAUGCACCUAUAAUGGGGAGGACAUAUGAGAAGAUAUGGUUAAGUCAAUUAACUCUGGAGUAUCUACGUGAGAAUAUAGAUCUUGAUCUGACCUAUGACGGAUUGCUUUCUCACCUUAGUGGGGCAAAAAUUGGCCAAAUUGGGAAAUUUUCCGAAAUGAUGUUGCAUAGACAUGCACAAUGGUCUGAAUUUCGCCAAUCCCGGCGAAGUCACAUCUACAAGGUUGUAAAGUGGAUAGGUGAACCAAUUAAACAAGACAAAGAAAAGAUAUUUUACGAAUCCGUUACUGUUAAUGGGGCUUUUCUAAAGAUUGGGGAUUACGUCACAGUGGAGCCGGCUAACCGCCGUUUACCACCUUUGGUGACAAGAAUAGUAUCGCUGUGGAAGUAUAACAGGCUGUACCUUAAGGGAUUCUUCCAUGCUCAGGUGUUUAUGAGGUCUAGAGAUACUGUGCUAGGGAAUACUGGAGAUCAAUGGGAAGUCUUUCUCACAGACCGAUGUUGCCACAAUGUGCCUUUAUCGUCCGUGAUACAUAAGGUGAACGUCAUAAAAGUAAUCUACCCAGAUGAGUGGUCAAGUCUCGGCGGUUUACAGGAAUUGAUCAACGAAGACGAAGACAUGGAUGAGUACGAAAGUUACUAUUGCUCAAAAUAUUACGAUAGAUUCACCUGUCGUUUUAUUGACCUACCCUCAGAUCCUAUAUGCCUUGACUCACAACGCAAACACAGUUUCUGUCCCUCGUGUGAAAGAAAAACUUUGAAAGAACUUCAGGAGAUCCCUGUAUUGUCCACUAGAGGAAGUAAAAGUGUGAUAUGGAGAAACCACAGUUACGAAAAGGGAAGCGCAGUAUUUUUGAAGCCCGGCAUAUUCAAAUUUAAAAAUAACUAUAAUUUAUGCCGCGAGAAACUUGAAGUCCAGUUAGAAAAAGUAAACGAGACAGAAUACCCUGAGUAUUAUCGCAAGAACAGUAAGAACAUACGCGGCUCUAACUUUGGCACCGCAGAGCCAUUCUGUGUGGGCUAUAUAGAAGACGUUAAUAUUUCUCUACCCCUAACAACUUACCCAGGGCCCAAACAAAUUUUCUUAAAGGUCCGAAUACUGUAUAGACCUGAGAACACUAACUGCCGCUUUCCUCACCGCGAAGACUUAAAUCUUGUAUACUGGAGCGAUCAUUUUCUUGUUGUUCCGUUCUCGGCUGUCACAGGACCCUGCACUCUUGCUUAUGCUGUGAAUAUACCUGAUGACAAUUGGCUGGAAGCUGACCCGAGCAGGAUGUACUUUUCCAGAGCGUACGAUCCAGCCACUGGUAAAUUCCAAAAUGUACCAAGAGAGGCUUGCCAUAUUGGGCCUCAGAUAGAAAGUCCACAUUGGGAACGUCGACCAUUGCGAACACUGGACUUAUUUGCCGGUUGCGGCGGGCUAUCUCUCGGUAUGCAUCAGUCGGGUGUCGCUGAUUGCACGUGGGCUAUAGAAAAAGAGGACGCUGAAGCGAAUGCGUAUCUCCUUAACAAUCCGCAUUGCAUGGUAUUCCAAGAGGACUGUAAUGUUCUACUGGACUGUCUGUUGAAAGGGAACUUUUAUAGCUCCUUGGAAACGCGACUACCGAAGAAAGGAGAGGUGGAAUUAAUAUGUGGUGGGCCCCCAUGUCAAGGCUUCUCUGGCAUGAAUCGUUUCAACACCGGCAAAGUUUCCACCUUCAAUAACUCACUAAUAGCGACGUUCCUGUCCUACUGCGAGUACUACAGACCAGCGUACAUAGUUAUGGAGAAUGUGGAAACUAUGGCGUCCUUUAAAAAUGGCAUUGUGCUAAAGUUAACGCUUAAAGCUUUACUUAAAAUUGGCUACCAGUGUACAUUCGGUGUACUGCAAGCUGGGAACUUCGGUGUGCCGCAGACGAGGCGUCGUUUAAUAAUAUAUGGGGCCGCCCCAGGGUUCAAGUUGCCAUUGUACCCGGAACCGACUAACACGUUCAACAAGCGAGCUUGCAACCUCAGCGUUGCAAUAGAUCGAAAGAUAUUCAGGACUAACGCGUGGAAUUACUCUGCACCUAGACGCACAUGUACCAUACGUGACGCUAUAGACGAUUUGCCAGCUAUACAUAAUGGAUCCAAUAAGAUCCUUAUGAAUUAUGAUUUGGCACCGCAGUCUCCGUUUCAGCGUCUGUUCAGGAGUGGCAUGAACGAUGAAGUGACGAACCAUAUAUGUAAAAGGAUGUCCCCCCUUGUGCAAGCGAGAAUUUCGUUGGUACCCUUAUCUCCUGGGUCUGAUUGGCGUGAUCUGCCGAAUAAAGUUGUCCGCUUGUCGGAUUUUAGCGAAACAAAAGUGCUCAAGUAUUGUUAUGAUGAUAUAAAAAAUGGUAGGGCCUCAAAUGGUAAUUUGCGCGGUGUAUGCCGAUGCGCAACUGGUGCUACUUGUGAUCAUGAAAGACAGGAGAAUACCCUAAUACCGUGGUGCCUGCCUCAUACAGCUAACCGUCAGGGGCGCCUUUCAUGGGAAGGCUAUUUUAGUACAACCGUGACAGAUCCAGAGCCGAUGGGCAUGCAGGGUCGAGUCUUGCACCCUGAGCAGAAUCGUGUGGUCUCCGUAAGAGAAUGUGCUAGAUCCCAGGGAUUCCCUGAUUCAUACAGAUUCUGGGGGACGAUCGCCGAAAAGCAUAGACAGAUUGGUAACGCAGUUCCGCCCCCGUUAGCGGCAGCACUGGGCCGGGAAUUGAAAAAAGCACUCUACAACCAUCAUACAAAAUAA